AUGGGCCGAACAGAGCUUGGGGAGCUCUGGGUCUCGCCGUUCGUCUCGCCCAAAUGAUCGGGAUAAUGAACAAUGGGAUAAAUAUCCUGAACAAGCCGAAUAUCGAAGACGGUUAACAUCACUGCUACCGACUGACAUCGCAUUCAGGUACUACGAUACAAAGAUGCCCAAGGAUGACGAAGAUGAGGUCAGUCGACUCGGAUAUCGGUGGAUGGUGGACUGUUUAGGUGCCGUCCUGGAUGAGGCUUUCGCUGUUAAACCUCCUGCCUAUGCCACAAUUCUCAAAUUGGAUAAGACGGUUCGCGACUGGAAUUUAGGAAGUCUCCCUCCUUUCAAUCAGUUAGCGACAAAAGAAGGUUCCGGGGUAGAUCCAAAGUCCGUUCUUCGAUCUCUACAAAGCACUGGUCUACGAGAGACUGCUUUAAUGUACCUGCAUCGUCGAUAUUUCGUCGAGGCUUUGGCCAAGCGAUCCAACGAGCCAUUACGCAGCAAGUAUGCCAUGAGUGUAUUAGCA